AGCCCUGCUCACACACAAACACGCACACUCACAUGCCUGAACACAAUCACAGAUACAAACACACUCACACACACCACCGGCUGACAUGGACUACGAACCCAAGAAGGUUAAAAAGGGAUUUGUUUCACCAAUUAAGCGCCUGGUCUUCCCCAAGUCAGCUCGGCGGCAGGCAGACAAAGGCGGUGUGUAUCGCAGGCCUCUCCACACGGUGCCUCUUUACCCACCUGACUUCCUCAUCCACCCCGAGCGCCUCAUCUACGACUACGUGGAGAAGGAGGUCAAGUUCCUGGGUCAUCUGACGUGGGUGUCGUGCUCCCUCAAUCCCUCCAGCAGGGAUGAACUGCUGCAGCUGCUUGACAUUGCCAGGAAGCUGAAGGUGCUGCCUCUGCAGACGAGUGUGGAGCAGGACUGUAUCCUCAGUCUGUCUGCGCGCUGCCUGCUGCUCACCUGGAGAGACAAUGAGAAACUGCUGCUGCGCAUCCCCACGCAUGAGAUCGCUGCUGCCUCCUACCUGCGGGACGACGCACUGCACCUGCUGGUGCUCAAAACAGGUUUGAAUGUGGACACUGUUCUAGCUGGUGGAUCCCUGGAAAAACGGCCUACUGGCCUCGAGGGCCGCAGACAAACCAUGAGCAAUGCUGACCCUCGGCCUGCAGGGGGCACCAUGGAGAGGCGUCAUACCAUCUGUGGCGUGGACUGGAAGCCAUCCUCUCGCCAUGAGUCAAAGCAGAGUGGCACCAGCGCGGGUGGACCAGGAUCAGCAGGAGGAGGGGGCAGUGGCGGAGGUGGCAGUCUGGAGCGGAGGCAGGUGGGAGGAAGUUGGGAGAGGCGGCAGACCCGGAAGCCGUGCGGAGGGAGCUGGGAGAAGAGAACCAUGAGCGGGAGCUGGGAGAGGAGGCCUGUUGGGGGCAGCUGGGAGCGCCGUGGUCCUGCAGGGGGAGGUGGAGGAGGAGGGGUGGGGGGUAGUUGGGAGAAGAGACAUGGACCUGGGGGCAAAGCAGGAGGAAGCUGGGAGAGGAAGCACGGGCAGGGGGGCAGCUGGGAGCGCAGGCAUGCCUGCAUGGGAAGCUGGGAGAGGGGCAAGGCUUAUGGCAGCUGGGAGAGAAGAAACCACAACCCACUGGAGCCCACACCAUGCCCUGACGCUUACUGCAACCUGGUCGUGCUGGCCGUGGAGAACCGGGAUGCUGCGGAAGAGUACUGUGCCCUCAUCUGUCAGAUGUUUCAAAUCAUCUACGGACACCAGACCAUCGAGUGUGUGGACAGAGCGGGAUAUCACUACACCAUGCCUGACCACUACUGGCUACAGAGAAGUGACAGCUGCCUGACAGACAUGACGUACGGAUAUGAUACAGACUUCAGCUGCUGCAGCUCAUACGAUGGCUCUCAGGACACCUUCGAGCCCUACUACAGUGAGAACUACAGCGACAACUCCUCUCUCUCCUAUCAGGACUCCCAUCGCAGCCUGGCGUCCAUACACAGCGACUCAGAGCCCAGUAACGCCAGCCUGCAGCUCAUGCAGGAGUAUAUGAUUACGUUGCGGAGUAAGCUGACCCCUCAGGAGAUCCAGCAGUUCGCUCUCUUGCUGAGGGAGUACCGCGUGGGCGCUCCCAUACAUCAGUUCUGCUCAGACCUGCUCCAGCUCUAUGGAGACUCACGCAAGUUCCUGCUGCUAGGUAUGCGGCCCUUUAUCCCUGAUCAGGACGUGGGGAUCUUCGAGACGUUUCUGGAAGGAAUUGGCAUCCGCGAGGGGGGGAUCCUGACGGACAGCUUCGGCCGGAUCAAACGCAGCAUGAGCAGCACUUCGGCCACCGCCGUGCGGGGAUACGACGGCUGCUCUCUGCCCUGUGGCUCGCACGACUUUAACCAGCGGAUCAGUGACAUCACACAUGAUAUAGAGGCUCUGGGCUUCGAGGAGGGAGACGGAGACAUUGAGGAGGAGGACUACUACCUCUGAGAGAGAGAGAGAGAGAGAGAGAGAGAGAGAGAGAGAGAGAGAGAUUAGAAAGAGAGGGUGGGGUGAAACAGACAGAGACAUAAGAAAGAGAGAGAGACAAGAGAGACAGGGAUAGAGGGAA